AGAUGGACACCUAUUACUUUGUCAAUGAUUCCUGCAUCCUCAGAAUGAAUAAUAAAGAAUCCGGGAUCUCCUUGAUCUGUGUGACACAGUAAGAAAAUUCCACUAUUCUGCCAUAAUCCAGAAUACAACAUGGAUGACAAUGGCCCAGAAAAAGGCAAACUUGUAUCUGAGAAUAACAAUGUCACAUACUAUGAAACAGAAGAUGAUGAAGAGGAGGUGACUAGAGAGAAGAUGGGCUUUUCUGGUAAAAAUGGCCUGGUGUCCUCUUCUUCUGGGACUGUGUAUGAUAGGACAACUGUCCUAAUAGAACAGGAUCCAGUUGGCCUAGAUGAAGAGGACGAGGAGGAGGAUGAAGAUGAAAGAGGGAACAACAAUAAUUUGGUGUCUUUUUUAUCUGAAAGCGGAGAGGACAACUUUUAUUUAAUAUCAGAUCCUGAUGGAAUGUCGCAGGGGUAUGUCCAUCACACCAUUUCUCCUGAUCAGAUUCAGUUCACCAUCAACCCUGGAUCCACCCCCAUGCCCAGGAACAUAGAGGGAGCCACACUCACCCUGCAGUCAGAGUGUCCUGAAACCAAGGUUCAAGAGGUAAAACGAUAUCAGUGCACAUUUGAAGGCUGCCCACGUACGUACAGCACAGCAGGGAACCUGCGGACACAUCAGAAGACUCAUCGUGGUGAAUAUACAUUUGUUUGCAAUCAGCAGGGAUGUGGCAAGGCCUUUCUCACCUCUUACAGCCUAAAAAUCCACGUCAGAGUCCACACUAAGGAAAAGCCAUUUGAGUGUGACGUGCAGGGUUGUGAAAAAGCAUUUAAUACACUCUAUAGGCUAAAAGCCCAUCAGAGGCUUCACACAGGGAAAACAUUUAACUGUGAAUCAGAAGGCUGCACUAAGUACUUUACUACACUCAGUGAUCUGAGGAAGCACGUCCGGACCCAUACAGGAGAGAAGCCAUUCAGGUGUGAUCAUGACGGCUGUGGGAAGGCCUUUGCUGCUAGUCACCAUCUCAGAACGCAUGUCAGAACGCACACAGGUGAGCGACCAUUCUUGUGCCCCAGCGAUGGCUGUGAGAAGACUUUCAGCACACAGUAUAGUCUCAAGAGUCACAUGAAGGCCCAUGACAAAGAGAACCCAUUUAUUGUGUCGAACCAGAGUUCCAUGAAUGAGGAGACAAGCCAAUCACUUUGUUUGAGUGAUCUGAGCUUGAUAUCUACAGAUUCAGAACUCAGAGAAAAUUCACAGUCGACUCAAGGACGGGACCUAAGCACUAUUUCUGCAGAAAGUAUCUUCGAAUCCAUGUUUAACAACACUGAUAACUGCACCAGCCAUGAUGGUUCACAACAGACAGACGGGAUAAUUGGAAUACCUGGAACAUAUGGCAGUGAUGUUCAGCCUGCAGCCGUUGUUAAUACUGCUUUAGGAGAUUCUGGAUCGCUGUUGUCGUUUCCCAUCCCACUUCAAACCAUGCCACAGUCAAAUGUUGAGAACCAUUCCCAGCAAGCAACAGGCACUCUCUCCACUUCAUUGGAUGCUUUGGCUACCAGCCCACACCAAACAGCAUUUGGGAAUCCCACCAGCAUUUUACAGACACCUCAAGUGCCUGUCCCAGCGCUGACACAAUUCUCAACCAGUCAGCAAGAAUUCAUUCAACCUACCCUAACACCUCAACCACCACCUCAUGGACUUCCAGCUAUGUCGAAUAAUAGUCUGCCAUCAUCUGGUAACACAGAGUCAAUGCCAUCUAUGGUACAAACUGUGCCUUUAGGUACAAACACUUCUGGCAUAACAAUUACUCCAUCACAGAACACCACUAUUCUACAGCCCAGCAUUGUAAUGGCAGACCAGAAUCUACAAUGGAUCAUUAAUGGAGCCAGCACUGUUCAGCAAAACACUGAGAAAAUGCAUCAGGGGCCUAAAGUAGAAAAAGUGUUUUUUACCACAGCCAUACCAGUCACUGGAAACACAGGAAACCCAGUGCAGCAAAUAGGGUUGAGUGUUCCUGUCAUAAUCAUCAAACAAGAGGAGUCCUGUCAGUGCCAGUGUGCCUGCCGUGAUUCGGUCAAAGAAAAAGCCUCCAACAGCAAGGAAAAUCCAUCACAGGAAGCCGGUUCUUCCCAAAUUCCCCCUGAUCAGGAGCAGACUCGGCUGCAGUCUCAGACUUUCCCCUCCAACUCUGAGGAAAGCAAUCAGACCACACAGCAACCAUUGCAGACAGACCCUCAAGCAGGCUUGAACAAUAUGGAUGUGACUGCAUUUCUUUCUCUCGAGAGUCCUGGGACCCCUUCAAAUCUGUCUGGUAUAGAGGCGAAUGACAUUCAGGCGCUGCUGCAAAAGGUGGAAGAAGAAAUAGACUUGAACAGCUUCUCCAAGUAAAAUUGCUCAGUCGUGGCUGUUUUUCUGGAUUAAUUUUCAAAGAAAUUUCCAUCUUUUACUUAUGCAGGAUUUAAAAAAAGGGUCCCCUUUACACAGAAGUGCCGUUUACACUGAGCAUUUUGCUGUUAAAUGGAUCCAGAAAUGCUUUGUGUAAACUGAAAAGGAGGAUGCUUCUACUCCAGGUUCAGUUCUGAGUCAAAGCUUGCAACAGACUUGGAAGGUUUGGUUGGACCUGAAUUGAAUCUGGAGUCUCAGCAAGCAGAAGGGAGAGGGGAUGCUGGGGAACCAGAGUUUGUUCUACAAAACAAAUGGUAAACGUCAGUGCUGUGAUGCAGGAACAGCCUAUUGGUGUUCAAUGCAUUAAACAGUAAGCUGCAUUGAGGGUUCUCCUGAAUUGGCUGCACUUCAGAUGCUGAUCACUUGGCAGGUCACAGGCCUGCAGGCCAGUUGGGUUUGGAUCACAUCAUUGGUUUAAAGUCUGGGAACUGCUAUUUCUUGACCUACAGAAAAUGCUGAUGAAAGUUCUGAUGGACCAUUUCUGAUGAAAAUAAUUAAUGGUAGAGCAUCUAUUCUCAGCCACCAGAAGCAUUUUGUAGCCUUUUUGUAGUUCACUUAGAGCCCUGAGUGACCAAACACAACUGCAGCACUAAUGCAUUGAAUGAAUCUACAUUAAGCUUUGGAUCUAAAUAUUUUUACAUGAUCAGGUGGUAGUAAGUCUGCAAUUUAUUUUCAGCUCAUAAUUGGAGUUAUCCCACUUCAGAUAAUAUAAAUGUAAGCAAAAAUUCAAGUCACUUUAGCCCUUAUGUUAUUGUUUUCCUGGAUUAUGAUUGGUGAAACCCUCAGAAUACUGCUUUAGAAUGGGCCAUAUUAGCUGGCCCAUUUUCCAAAGUAAAGUAAGACUUGCUGCAUUUGAAUAAGUUGGAGUGAUGCAAUGUGUGACAAUGCUGUCUCUAAGAACUAGAUUUGGAUCCUGUCCAGGGGAAUGAAAUGAGCUGCUAAUAUUGUUCAAACUAUCUCCAUUUAAUUCCUGAAGGACAUGAGAUGACAGAAUUAAUCUUUACACAAUUGAGCACUGUUUGACCUGAAUUGGCAAAUCUCUGAUAGAGAAGCCUUUGGGAUGGCUGAUUUGGGAAAUGGCAAUAUUGCGCUCAUGCAGUAAGAAAAACUGCUCUGAGCUUGAGUUGAGGCACAUGUUGUAGGCAGUGUCACUAGAGCUUUCAGUUGUAUUUAGCACAGGUGGCACUGCAGGAGAAAACGUUUUCUGUUAACAUGGCUAUUCAUUCUCAGAGCAUGCAGUCUUCUCUUAAUUUAGAAAGAAAUUAGGAUGACCUCUCUUUGUAGUGGCAAAAUCCAAUCCACUGAGAAAAGAAGAUUCUGAAAUUUACUGUGUUCCAAAAUUAGAAUAGAUCCAAGUCACUCUACCAAAAUUCUGCAGGAUGUCCCAAUGUGUCUCAAAAUAUUUCCAGCACUUAACAAUUGAGAAUUUGUCAAAUGAAUAAUUUAAUAUAUUGGGUGAUUUAGCAUUUUUUGCACAUUUACUGCUGUGGUACAGUCCUCCCAUUAAUGCCAUGUGGUUUGGAAAUGCAUGCAUAUUAAAUAACCAACUGCUUCCAAUUAACACUAGUCAACUGUGUAAAGUUGCUAGUUAUGCAGAUUCUACUUCUAAGCUGCACAUGAAUGUACAAUAGAACCCUUUAGAUUAUGAAAGUGGGAGUUGAAUAUAUAGGAAUAUAGUGAAAAGUAUUUGAGUGUUACACAUGAGUCCUAAGGCCACUUGCAAAAGUUUCUAAAUCCCACAGAUUUAGAUUUUAACAGUUGUGUUGAGAUGUGUAUUUUAUUUAUUAAUACUGGGUAUAUUUAUCACAACCUCUUUUAGCCUUAUUCUGUUUAUUUUCUGCUGCAAGACAUUGCCAAGUUACAUUCAGAGGUUUGAAACUUAUGGAUGAAACUAAAGAUAAUGAAAGGUGAAAUCAAGAAUUGUGAUGCUACCACUGUGGUCACAAGUUUAAUAAGUAAUUAUACAAAAUACUUUGUUUGGCACAGCUUUAAACCAAGUUUCCUCACCUGUAUUUAUUCAAGCAUUUAAUUAAUGCAACUGCUUUUGACAGUGGAGAUCUGUACAAAAUAAGUUCAUAUUUCAAAAUACUUUAGUCCAACUUGCCACAGUAUAGUGUAAAAUGAAUUCUGGUUCAGUUAGUUAAUGCAUUCUUUCAAACUCUGAUGCCAGGAAUGAUUCAACCCAAAUUGAGACUGAAAGUCUCAUCUCUCCUAGCCACAAGGGCCCUAGCUGAAGUAUGUUUGAGCAGUUCUAACCCAGUUUGAAGAGGCAUAAGCCACAAAACACAGCUCUUCCUAAUGUUGUACAAUGACAUUGUCAUUCAGAGAGGCCAUAAUUACUAAAGUUGGAAGUACAAAGAUCGUGGCACAGUUGGGGUGCUUUCUGAUGUCAGCUUUAAGACGCUUUCAGGUUGAAGGUUUUUUAACUCUGCACGUGCCCAUGCUAUGCAUCACCUAGGGAUUGUCUGUGCUGACAGUUAAUGCAAAAGAUGUUCACAGCUCAUUUUAACCUAAAUGAGCACCAUUGGGUGUCCAUAAAGUUGUGAUCUGAGAAAGGGGGGACGGGGACGCAAACACUUGCUUUCUUUGAGGAGUGGGAAGGCACAUGAAAUAAUGCAGUAUCCCAAAAAUUGGAGGUAAAAAGAAAGGUGUUGAAAAUCAGACUUGGAAAAUAAGGUUAAUCAUCAAACUGGAAUUGGAGAAUCAGUUCUGUAAUAUCAGAGUAUUGGUAAUGGAGAUACUCUCAUAGCAAUUCUCAUGCUUUCAUUUCAUUAAUAAGCUUUGCCUGAAUUUUGACAUUUUGCAAACAGGACCAGUAAUCGAAUUAAGCAUUCAGUUGCAGUGUCAGUGUUUGUUUAGUUUCACAGCACAGGUGUUAUCAUUGAACUACUGCUUGGAAGCUCUAUUUAUUUGUCUAAAGAGAUUUGUCUGCUGUCACUAAUUCCAAGCUCUUUGCUGUAAAAAGUUGAAUUAUCCAAUAAUUUGAAUUGAGCAAUAUUAUUAAGAGCAAAGCAGAAAUUCAGAAUUAAGAGCAGACUGUAAUUUGGAAAAGAGAUUUUAAACCAAUUGCCUAAAGUUAUUCCUUUCUUGGUAGGCUUAUGUGCAAUAGCAACAGUUUUCUUUUCAAUGUUAACUGACCUGGAAAGUGCAAUUAAUUUCAUCUUUGUAUAAAGAGUUUACUCUGUCAUUUUAUAGUUCAAAUAUCAAAAUAUAUUUAAUGGAAUAUUUGUUGCUUAUUAGUGUAAUAAACAUUGAAAAAUCGGAAGUUUUAUUUGUUAAAGCCAUACUGACAGAUUUAGCUAAAUUUGCAACAAAAAUCUGUAAUUUUUAGUUUCAGAUCCAAUCUAGGCAUUUGGGAUAAAAUAUUCUUUUUGAAUUGCAAUCUGACUUCAAUUUAGUUGGAGCUCUGUUCAGAAUGGAAUCCAAUAGUAAUGAAGCCCUAACUGUGCCCUGGUAGAAGUUUUUAUUUAUUACCUAAUGAUUGAAACCUGGGCUUGCCCUGUAUUGACAUCAAACUUGCAGGAUCUCUCUGUAUCCCAACAAAUGUUGUUCUGUGUUGGACACUGUGGUACCUGACCAUGAACCCUACGAUGCUGCAACCUUUGUCGAGAGCCAUCUUUAUUAUUUUCAGCACUGAUUGAAAUUUUUUUGGUUCCUGUAUUAUCCAGUGGCCUGUUCUGUAAAGUCAAUGUAUCCAAAUGCAGAAGAUUUUUUUUUAUAUAAACAGUUUUAAGCAAACACACCACUUGGAGGUAUUCAAAGUAAAUAGUCAGGGUGAAUUACUAAGGUGUAUGAAAUUCCUUAUAGGCCUUGGACUUGUACAGUGUACAUGUGAUCCACAGCCACCUGUGAAUGAAGCAGAUCCAACCAACUCGGUGAUUCUUGCACACUUGUUAUAUGUAAAUUGUGAGCUGUCAAUCACUUGCAAAUUACUUCUUAAAACAUAGUAAUGCACUAUUUAUCCUGCAGUGCGAAUAUAAAUUUGCAUCAGCAUUGCAGAUGACUGCUGAUACAAAACUAAGCCCAGAAGAUAAGAUACCAUGGAGUGAUUGAUGACUUAAUUCAAUCAUGAAAUUCAGAUAAAUGGUAACAGGCCACUUGAGUUUCUGGCUGUUGUGAACUCCCUCGAUUACAUUAAAUCAGUAUUGGUUAUUACCUGCACAUAAAAUAAAAGCAUAAACAAGUAUUUAAACACUGCUAAUGGAUAAUGUAGAUGACACAGUUUCACGUUGUGCAUUCAUUCGGGUUGCCAACCCUCCAGUAUUGGCCUGGAGUGUCCAGGAAUUGAUCAAUCUCUAGGAUACUGCAGUGUGCAGCCCUGGAGAAAAAUCAUUGGGACAGUUUAAAAAAAAAGAUUGUUGCUUCUUUGUCAAUUUGUUUGAUAUUUUCUCUUUACCAGAUGUAAAUAUACUGAAAAUGGGGAUAAAAGGCUGUUUAUCUAACAGUCAAGCUUCAUGCAACUGGGUAAUGAGUCUUUUUAUUUUCCAAAUGGGGUAGGAAGGGAGUGUAUCAUGAGGAUGGAUGUGUUGGCUGCCAAGUGGCAGGUGUGUGGAGACAAGUCAUGUGAUGAAAUCUCCAGGAAUACAUUUAAUCUCAGUUUGCAGCCCUAGCUGUCAUUGUUUGGCUUUGGGCCUCCCAGAGUUGGAAAAUGGUUGAUUAUGGUAUUCUUUGAAUAUUGACAAGGAAAUAAAUAAGCAAGAGACAUGUUUGCUUUUGUUUAUAUUUGUUCAUGGGAUAUGGGCACCGCUGGCUAGGCCAGCAUUUAUUGCCCAUCCCUCACUGUCCUUGACAAGGUGGUGGUGAGCUGCCUUUUUUGAACUGCUGCAGUCCAUGUGGUGCAGGUACACCCACAGUGCUGUUAGGGAGGGAAUGUAUUGGAUAGAUUGGGAUUAUAGACUUUUAAGAGAUUAGGCGCAUCCCUAAUUUAUCUUGCCUUUCAAUGAUAUUUCAGCAUUGUGUAUAUCCCUGGUUAUUCUUGAUCCCUCCAAGUGACAAAUUGAUUUAGACUUUGUAGCCAAUGCCAAUAACCUUCUGGUGCUAAAUGCGCUGUUUGUGACCACUCCACUGAUCACCUUCACGAAACAUGGUUUUUUCGUGGCUUCUGUCAUUUACACUCAAAUUAUAAGUGUAAAUAUGAAAAAUGUGAAAUGUUUUAAAAUUUAAAUCCAAAGCCAUUAUUGGUGAGCCAGGCUCUCUGGAAUUCUAACUUUCUGGAAGUGCUUGCAUUUAGCCGUUUAUAUUUCUGCAUGCCUUUUAUAGAAUCACUAAAUGAAACCUUAACUUCCAACCUGAUUUACAAACCUUUGCAAAAAUAUUGUUUACUGGUAAUAUUUUGGUUAAUGAAUGCUGUUACCUGUACAUUCUUUCCCAAGUUGCAUGCUACUUAACAUUUUUUAAUAACAGCCUUUGAAAUUACAUUUGGAGUGUGCAUUGAAUCAUCUUGGUAUGUUGUAGUUGUGGAAGAUCUAAAUGUCUUAGAGCCAAGUUGUCUUACUAGGUUUGUGAUGUCUAUCAUUUGAGCUGAUUGAUAGCUUAGGUGAUAACGGACUGGUCAGACUGUGUGCCAAAACAGUCUUUCCUCACUGAUCUCUUAACAGAACAGAAAUCUUAAGGCUCUUGCUAGGACUAAGUUUUAAGCAAAUACUGACUUUGCUUUAAAGCUUAUUUUGUUAACAUUAGAAUAAUUUCUACAAGAUGAAUGAGAGUCAUGUUAAGUGUGGAAACCUUUCUCUUCACCCAAUUCCACCCUGACACCGCACACUCCCGAUAUCACUACACAAAAAAAGCAAUCCUCCUUUAAUUUUAUUUCACAUUCACAUGGGGAAUUGUCUUGCCUUUGAAUAGUGUUGUAAUUACCCAGUCUCAUGAUCAUACAAUUAUAUACUUGUAGUAGUUCAGCAUUAAUAUUCUGCUUACAUGUGAAUUGUAUGCAAAUGACUUAAUUACCCAUAAGAGAUUUUUUUUUUAAAGUAUUGCAGUUUUUGCUGGUGGGAAGGGUUGUUCCCACUCAUUAGAUUCUCCCUCCAAUCAAAUCAAGUUAACUGAUGCAGGAUUCACUGUAGUCAGAACUUAGGAACUUUAUAUCACUUCACCCUUUGUACUGCCUAACCAAACCGCAGAACGGUGUUUAAAAACAUUUUUUUUUUAUCUGGUUAGUUUACGGCUUAGAAUCAUAUAGUUGGAACCAAUAAUCCGACAAUUUGAUUAUUUUAAAUCUAGAAGAACGGCUGUUCACUGAGUUAUUUACGACAGUACACAGAGAACAUAACAUAAGAAAUAGGAACAGGAGUAGACCAUUCAGCCCCUCGAGCUGACUCCGCCAUUCAAUAAGAUCAUGGCUAAUCAUUUUGUGUUUCGAUUUCCACAUUCCCAUCUAACCCGAAUAACCUAUAAGAACAAGAGAAUAAGAGAAACGUGUCAUUUAGUCCAACCAGUCUGUGCUGGUGUUUAUCCUCUGCACCCAGCUUAUCUCAACCUUUCAACAUAUCUUCCUCUUUUUUUCUCUCAGACUCAUCUAGUUUCCUUUUGAGAGUAUCUCUACACUGUCUGCCUCAACCACUUCGUGUGGUACUGAAUUCCACAUUCUAAUUUAAUCUGUGUAAAGAAA